GGAGAGGAGAGGAGAGGAGGAGAGGAAGAGGGAAAAGAGGAGGAGAGGGAGAGGAGAGAGGAACACCAUGGAGCACUGGAAACGAAUCAAGAUUGCCAAAUGCCAGAUACUGAUCACCAACUUCUUGGUCUUGCUGCUGGCCCUCUCUACGGCCACCAUGGCAGCUGUCACUCACUUUGGAGACCACUUUACUGUCAUUGGCCACGUAUCCUUGGAGAGGAACCCCUAUGAAGCAAUGCACUACUGGGCCUUCUACGUGACGAUUAGCCUAGCUGGUCUCCUGAGCCUAGGCGCUGCCCUGAGCACCAUAGCCACUGUGAGGGAGGCCCAUGGCCUCAUGGCUGCGGGUUUCCUGUGUUUUGCCCUGUCAUUCUGUGUCCUGGUACAAGUGGCCUUCUGGAGAUUCCACAACCCCACCCAGGUGGAGGAUGCAGUGUUGGACACCUAUGACCUCGUGUAUGACCAGGCAAUGAGGAGACCAUCUAGCAGCUGGUGGCAGGAACUGGCCACCAUCCAAGACAUGUUUCUGUGUUGUGGGAAGAAGUCUCCUUUCGGGCUUCUCACAGGCACCGGAGCCAUCCCGUGUCAGGGCCAGGCGGCCAUGAGAGAGGACUGCCUACAGAGCAUCGGGAACUUUCUGUGGACACACUACAGUAUCGCCUUCACCCUGACCUGCACCAGCUUGGUCCUCACGGUAUAUGCUAUGAUGCUCUGUGCCUUCCUCUGGUUCGCCAUUCACUCCUACUGUGGCUUGGAUCGAAAAGGCAGAUACACCCUGACCCCACGAGCCCAUGGCUGGAAGCCCUAGGAACCCAGCCUCUUCAGAUGGACCCAGGGUGGGCCACAAGUGCCUCAGUGCUCCUCUGAAGCACCAGCAUUUGCAAACUAUUCGACACCCCUCUGAAGAACAGGUGUUUGCUAACCAUUGAGUCUAGUAGGAUGCUUGCUGCCUGCUUGCCCACAGAGAUGAAGACUUUGGCCCUGAAUCUUCCCAUGAUCUGCAUGGUGGGGCAAGGGAAGGGAAGAUUCUACUAGGUAUGUUAGUUGCUUUUACAUUGUGUGGCCAGACACCUACUAGAAUCAGGAAAGAUUUAUUCUGGCUCACUGUUUCAACAUGGAGGAGUGAGUGGCUAUGUCUAUGGCAUCAGGAACUUAGGUGGUGAAUGCUGGGGGCUAGAUGAUGAAGUAAACUAACUUCCUCUGGGUUAUUGUGGAGCAAAGGAGACUUUGGCUCCAUGGUCAUGAUAACAAAAUGCAUGGAACCAGAUGGUGAUAGUGAGUUUUAGAUAAUGGCAUGGAGCUCUUAACGCUCCUUAGUUUAGGGAGAAGAGGUCACCAUAUCCUCACCUGGGAUAUCACUCCCUCCUGCCCAGGAACUGUUAGGAUCUUGGGACAUUCUGGAGCGUAAAGUUAACUGAAGCCGGGUGUUCAUGAUUCAGAAUUCAUGAGAUCAUCACCCGUCAUGGGGUGGAGCUUUUAGGUGAUGACACUGUUUGGGGGUCACCCAUACUCCUUAUAAGUAACUCCACACCCCAAUAAACACAUUGGUUUAAGUUGAAA